AUGGAGCAGAAUGGGGACCUUGUGUACAGUAGACCUUUAAAGGGAGCACCAGAAUGGGGACCUUUGAAACGGACCCAUCACAGAAUCGACUUGGAGACAUUCGACGGUAUCAAGACAGUUGAUCAGCUCAUGCGUAGAGUAUUCAGUGAGUUUCCCGACACAAAAGGUAUCGGGACUCGGCAACAGCUCGGAGAGGACAACCAAGCGCAAGCAGACGGAAGAGUCUUCAAGAAGCUGGUACUCGGCGAAUACGAGUGGAUAACGUACCGCAAAUAUGAGGCAAAGGUUGAACUGGUGGGUCGCGGACUUCUAUCGCUCGGCCUUCGACCGAAACAGAACGUCUGUGUCUUAGCGGAAACUAGAAUGGAAUGGAUGCUGACGGCUCAAGCUUGUUUCCGGAACAAUUUUCCUUUAGUGACACUCUACUCGAACCUCGGAGACGACGGUCUCAUACACGGUCUCAACGAAACCGAGAUCACGCACCUGGUCACCACCUCGGAAUUGCUGCCCAAAAUACUUUCAUUCAUCGAAUCUGUGCCGAGAAUCAACACCAUAAUUUACAUGGAAUGCCCCUACAAAAAAACGCCCAAACCCGCCGCCCCGAGAGAGGGCCUUCGCCUGAUCCCAUUCUCUCAGUUGGAAGAUCUCGGGAAAUCUGCUGAUCCCGCACUCGUUGGUGGGGAGGCCCAGAGCGAGGAUGCCGCCAUCAUUAUGUAUACGAGUGGCUCCACUGGAGUACCAAAAGCUGUGAUCAUAACGAACAAUAAUAUCUUGGCGACCGCCAAAGGUUUUCAGACAGCCUUGUGCCAGCUGAGAGCCGACGACACCUACAUCGCCUACCUUCCCUUGGCGCACAUAUUCGAAAUAACCGUAGAAUUGACUUGCAUUGCGAAGGGAAUGCGCAUCGGCUAUUCUUCGCCACUGACGCUAACAGAUAAAUCCACUGCGAUCAGAGAGGGUGACUUGGGAGACGCCCGAGUUUUGAAACCACAUAUCAUCUCUUGCGUUCCCCUCGUUUUGGACCGAAUUCGGAAGAGCGUCAUAGAGGGCGCCGCACAAAAAGGGAUCGUCUUCAAAACUUUCAUAGAGUUCGCAAUCAGCUACAAACUCUGGUGGACCAGUUGGGGUUUCAAUACGCCAAUCUUGAACCGGCUUAUUUUCAAGAAAGUCAAAUCCAUAGUGGGAGGAAACUUACAGGUUAUCACAGCUGGCUCAGCCCCACUUUCGGCCGACACUCACUCCUUCAUAAAAGCUUGCCUCGACGUUUCGCUGCUGCAGGGCUAUGGUCUCACGGAAACCACUGCUGGGGCAACCCUCAUGGAGGUCUCUGACCGUAGCGUCGGGAGAGUCGGACCGCCGCUCUACGGGGACGUCGUCAAGUUGAUCGACUGGACCGAGGGCAACUACAGCGUGAAAGACAAACCCUUCCCUCGAGGUGAAAUACUAGUCGGAGGCGCAACCGUUACCAAAGGCUAUUAUAAAAACGAGAAACUCACAGCGGAGACCUUCGUGACCGGCGAGGACGGUAUUCGGUGGCUCUACACGGGCGACGUCGCGGAACUUCACCCCGAUGGAACUCUAAAAAUAAUCGAUCGUAAGAAAGAUCUCGUCAAGCUGCAAUUCGGAGAAUACAUAUCGCUCGGCAAGGUGGAAUCGGAAUUGAAGACUUGUCCUCUCGUGGAGAAUAUAUGUGUAUACGGCAACUCGUUCCAAACAUUCCUGAUCGCUCUGAUUUCCCCCAAUGAAAGCGCAUUGGACCAGUUGGCGGCGAGUCUCGGUAAGAGAAAAUGUACAUUUACCGAGAUCUGUAGGGACCAAGACAUUGUACGAGCCGUCACCGAGCUCAUCACAAAUCACGGGAAGAAGUGCAAGCUGCAGAAAAUGGAAAUCCCAACAAAGGUGAAGUUGUGCAGCGAGCAGUGGCUCCCAGACACCGGACUCGUCACGGCAGCACUGAAAAUCCGACGAAACAUCAUCCAGGACUUCUACAGGAGCGACAUAGACCGAAUGUACGCGGAAUCCGAGUAG